UGGCCUACGGAGGUACAGAAUGUUUGUGUGUGGAUUAUUUUUUGUUUAUAUAGUGUACCGACAUUUCUUUUGAAAUUUGUUUUAUCAAUAUUCAUUUGAUUAGGAUAGAAGGUUUUAUUUUUCAUUUAAUCAAUUUAAUCCUGUUAUAAAAAAUCAAUGGACUGAAUAAAAAAUACAAAACAUUUAAUCGGGAUUCUGAAUACAAAGCCAAGGUGUGAGGCAUCAAUUUUUAUUAUUGUGAUGUCAGAUUUUGCAGCUAUUAUUUCGAUAUCAUUUUUCAUGUUGGAUACAAAAGUGAUUUAUAAACACUAAUUAAUAAAACUGUUUUCUCUUUUGUUACAAAUAUUUGUAUGCACCUGAUGACUUUAUUCAGCAACAACUGUGGAAUGACUUAAUUUAUUUGUGUAUUAUGAUGUGAGGUAGAUUGUGUAUACACCUGAUCUUAUUUAUUUGAGGGUGAAUAUCAUGUAAAUAAUGGAGUAAAUAUAUUAUAAAUGAAUUACACACAGUAUAGAACCAAUGAAGAUCUUUCUCUUCUUGGGCACGUUGGUAUGGAGUUUGUUUAUUUUACACCCUACAACAUGUGGGGCUUGCCCACCAAGAUGCACAUGCACAUCUAUAAAGAACAAGGCUGACAAGAAUAAAGAUAUUGUGGAGACGCCUAGAGUUGGUCAGGGCAAAAAAGUGAUCUGUUCAGGGGCAUAUUCACCAAUCUCAUCUGUGGCUGAAAUUCGAAAUCUACCGCUAGACACUGUAAUUUUGGAUUUAAGUAGGAAUACUAUUACAAUAUUACACAGAGGAGAAUUUAACAAAUUGUCUGGACUCAAAAGACUAAAUUUAAGUAAUAACCAAAUAACAUUGAUAGAACCAAAUGUAUUUGAAGGACUCCAGAAUUUGGAAAAACUGGACAUGUCAAACAACAAGAUUGGAAGUAUCAACAGUUCAAUAUUUACAGGCUUACCAAAAUUACAGAAAUUGAUUCUCUCUUCCAACAAGUUCAACACUAUACCAGAAGGAACCUUUAACCCAUUGAUUUCUCUCAGGAAAAUAGAAUUUAUAUCAGAUUACUUGAGAUGUGACUGUCACCUUCAGUGGAUUGUUAAAUGGUCUCAUGAGAAAAAUGUAAAAAUUCAGUCCUCAACAACAUGUGCUGUCCCAAGUGAACUGAAAUCUAGACCACUGAGGAAAUUAAAGGCAGAGGAUCUACAUUGUAAUCGCCCUUUAGAACUUCCACUGUUUGAGAUUUCCCCCAGUACUAGUCAGGUCGUAUUUGAAGGGGACAAGCUUCCAUUUGAAUGUAGAGCCUCAGUCAUAGACAGAAAUACAAAAAUGGUGUGGAUUCGAAAAGAGGAGAUUGUGGAAACAAAUAGAAAAAGAGGAAUCAUUGUCCACACAUCCGAAUCACGUGAUCAGUCCAUCAUGAUACAUCAUCUCGUAUUGGAGGAGUUGUCCAAGAAUGAUUCUGGUAUCUGGCAGUGUAGAGUCACGUCACCACAGGGCAAUGUCACUAAUAACAUCAGUAUUGUUGUCAUGCCAACAACAGCCAGAUUUUGUCCAUCCUUCACAACAACAACAAAUAAAGGUGUAUACAAAUGGCCUAAGACUGUAGCUGGUGUCCACAGUGAACUGCCAUGUAAAAUAGGUGUUGAUAAACUGGCAUCUCAUUUCUGUUCUCCAGCUGGACUGUGGGAAAAUUUAAAUGUUGAGGCCUGUGAAUAUACAGAUGAAAAGUUACGUGGAUUAAAAUCCUCUGGGCAAAAGUUUGAUGGAAAUGCUGAUGAUCUAGCAAGACAGUUAGAGACCUUGACCUCUGACCCUAGUCUGAACAGGUCACCUUACUUUGAAGUGGCUACAGGAGCUAUAGAAAGUCUGGCUGCAUUUAUACCAACCAGACAAGAGAUAGCAGAAAGAGUUCUGAAGAUUGUGAGUGGCAUGAUGAAUAGUAGUAAAACAGUAUUGAAACAUGGACAGAUCAAUGAUCAAGCUUGUUCAAGAUUGGUACAUGUUGUGGAAUCUAUCCCAAACCAGGUUACCACCAGACCUCAAGCUCUGGCCUCACAGAAUAUUGGUAUCUAUGUUAUGGAGGUCGAGGCUAGUCAGUUCACUGGGAUUAAAUGCAAUGUGGCAUCCAGUUUCAGUACUAAUGUCUGGUGUCAACAAAGCUUUGAAAAUUUCACAGACAAGAACUUCUUUGCUAAAAUUGGAUUUGUCUACUUGCCAAAAUCCUUAAUAAGGAACAACACAGAGAUAGCAUUAGACGAUUCUGUUACUUUCCAGUUUGUGGCUUACAAGGAGCCUUCAUUAUUUCCCAUCACUGUCUCUCCAAAGGAUCCUUUAUUGCAAGGAAAAGUUCUGACUGCUGUGUCACCAGUACUGACUGUUAAUAUCUCAACCCCCAUAUACAACUUGACAGAACCUAUUGUGCUGACCUUUAAGAUCAGAGCUAAGUCUAAAAAGUUGUAUUCAGCUUACUGGAACUUUGAGGCUAAUGAUGGCUUAGGAGAAUGGAAUACAGAUGGCUGUCUUCUUCAAAGUAUUACCAAUGGGUCAGCUGUUGUACAUUGCUAUCACCUGUCAAGCUUUGUAAUUUUGGAGGAACACGUUGCUGAUGAUUUGGGUUUACUUAAGAUGUUACAUUUAAUGAAGCCAGCAGUAUAUGUUGGUAGCUGUGUGUGUAUUCUGUGUCUUAUGGCUGUCAUUGUUACAUAUGUAUCCUGUUUUAGAUUUAUAAAUGUGCCAAAGAAAAUGAAGCAUUCAGUCAUUAAUAUUUGCAUUAGUUCAUUACUUCUAAUUAUAACAUUUACGAUGGGUGUUAAAAGAAUGGACCAUUAUCUAGCAUGCCAGAUUGUUGGUAUAUUUAUACAUUACUUAACGCUAUGUGCCAUGUUCUGGGUCACUAUCACAGCUUACAAUCUGUUAAAGAAGUUUACCAAAUCUGACAAGCCCCCAGCACCUCCUCCUGAUCCAGUUAACAUGCCCUUACCUCCUCAGCCUAUGUUACGGUUCUACCUCCUUGGGUACGGUGUACCUGUUAUUGUGUGUGGCAUUACAGCUGCUAUUAGUUUAGACCAUUAUGCAGACUCUAAUUACUGUUUCCUACAAUGGGAUCCUAGUUUGGGUGCUUUUUAUGGUCCAGUAGCUUUAUUGGUGCUUUUCGACGUUGUGUUCUUUUUACGUAUUGCUUGUGUGGUACAAGACAUAAAACCUGAGACUAUUAAUGUGAUAACAACAGAUGAAACCCAUGACAUAGAACUAAAUCACACUACUGACGAGAUCACCACAGAGAUUGAAGCUUUAACUCCAGUUAGAAUGGCACAAACAAAGGAUAUGUCUGAUACCCAGUCAACAGUUUCAAGUGUCAUGGACCAGGAGAAAAGACCUAAAUCUCAGUUAUAUUCUGUGGUUGGAAUACUUUUGUUAUACAUGUUAUUCUGGGUGUGUGGCGCCAUUGCUGUUGCGGAACCAUUUAAAUCAUGGAUUCCUUAUCAAGAGGAUAUAUUUAGUUAUUUAUAUGCAUUUACUUGUGCCCUGUUUGGGAUUUUUAUGUUGUCAUAUUUUUGUUUGUCUCGUAAAGAUUCAUGCUCCAGUUGGAAGCGAUUUUUCUUGUGUGAUCAGCCUUCAGUAUAUGACAUGGAAUUUCAUGUGCCUAAUCAGUUAGAUGUUCCUAAUGGAAGUGUUUCGAAAGGGACUGGUGAAUCGUCAGUCCCUCUAAAUCAUUACAACAUCACUCAGGAAGAGAAUGAUAAGACAUUCAAGGAUAAAUCUCUCAUCAGUUUGGUGCCCGUUAAUUCAAUUACUGAUGGAUCAGUUGUGAGUGUACCUGAAAACCCACAAGUAUUUUAUAACCCAAAGCAAAACGGGGCUGCAAAACGUUUCUGGGAAAAGAGGCACCACUCUAAAGUUAUAACCAAAGAUAUGUUUAAAAACUUCAGUGGGAGUGCCACUGAUUAUUUCUCAGGAUCUGAGGCCGGUAGGCCAAACAAAAUGUGUAAUGGAAAUCUUAGUGAUACAAACACACAUCUAAGUAUUGAAAUUCAAAUUCAACCAAAGAAUGGUUUGAAUAGUAAACCAACAUCACCAAUUAAUUUUUCUCCAGGAAUGUACUGUCAGCCAAUUCCACCACCAAAUGGCAUGCCAUAUCAGGCUCCUUACUUCUCACUGUUGCCAUUACACAGAAACCAGAUUCCUCCAGUAGGAGGGUCUAAUGUGGGAUCAAAUAUGGGCUAUAGUUCCCCUGGUCCUGGGAGUCAGUGUUGUAGCGUAACAUCAUACCCAGAGUCACAAGUCACCAGUACUAAUCGAUGUCCCAGUUCAUGUUCAUUAGGAACAAAAUCUCAUCCUAGUGCAUUUACUCCAGUACACCCUAAAAACAAUACACUACCCAAACAAAGCAAGGGUGAAAAAACAUACAGUCCUGUGCAAGAUAUGCAGAGAAAUGGAUCCGUCCAACGCAUGCGUGAUUUCGAUGGACAGAGUCAGAUAACCGAAUCAUGUCAAAGUGAAGAGCAAAGAACAAUGCCAUCUGUGAAUAAUCUUAACUGCAAUAAUAAUAAGAUAUCUAGAGAUUGUACUUAUAAACAAUAUGGAGCAAUUGACGAUAACAUAGCCCAAGUUCAAAACCCAAUUAAUAUUCGAAGGUCAUUAUCAGGAGGGUCAGAUCAUAGUGCUCGUAAUCAUCGUAACCAUGACAAUUUCAUACAGGAAGUUCAUCAACGAAUUCCUAAUGAACCUACAUCAAAGCAAAAAUCUCUGUCACCUCCGGGUUAUCAAUCUCUGUCACCUCCAAGUUAUCAAUCUCCACCACCAACAUAUAAUAAAACUCCUAAUGGUGAUGUAUUAUCUCCGACAGAUACUAAAACUUUGAAUGGUAUCAUCCAUUCACCAGACUCUGAUAGUCAAUUACAAUUUAGAAAAUUUCGUGGAAAUGACUCUGACCAUAACUCUGAGCCUGCGUCUCACUCUUCUUAUCGGAGACAUCAUAGACGUGAUCAUCAUCACAAAAGACAUUCUCGGCACAAAGGUUUACCUAAACCAAGGUCACUAGACUGGGACGAGGAAAAAAAUCAAUCAAAAAUUAGAGCAAUACCUUAUGUUUAUGUUAAUCAUAGUUACACUGAAAGGGUGAAGGAGAAACUUAUAUCCAAAGGACUUAUAGAUCGACAAACCAAAUCUUCUAACAGUAUUAAUCGUUAUGCAGAGUAUGGUCCCAUGAUUGAAGAUGAUGACAGUUCUACUUCAAGUUCUGAUGAUAAUGAUUAUUAUGGGCAUGAUGUUUGGGUUUUACAGGGGGCAAAAUCUAAAAAGUCCAAAAAGGAAACCAGUGUGUAAUAUAUAUAUGUUAUUGUUGCAAUUAAUUUUCUGUAUGAUCACAAAAACUGAUGCAUUAAUUCAGAGAAAUGAAUUUAUAAAACUAAGACAAUCCUUUUCAAAGGUACAAAAUAGUUAAAAAUCUUAAUAUUAUUUUAUAUUUUGUAUGUUUUGGGGUUUUUUUUAUGCAAGAAUAUCAAUUUCAAGCGUUUUGAACAUUUAAUAAGAAGUAUUUCAAAUUGAUUCAUCAAAAUUUCUACUUUUGACCUAUUCCUAGUACAAUGUAGUAGCACAGAAAGUGUUUCUUAGUUAUUGCAUUCAAAAUUUCAAAAGUUUUGUACUUUUCUUCAACAUGUUCAAGAUGGCAAAAAUGUAAGAUUGUAAAUUUUCUAAAUAUAAUUUAAAGGUUUGAUAAUGAAUAGGAAUGUGUGAUAUUUAUCCAUCUUUCAUGAAAUUUAUAAUGUUGAAAUAACUGACUUAACAUGCCAAUGUUACACAAGAAACCAGUUACUUUUAUUCUUUUUAUAAUUUUUUUUUAAAUAAAUAACCUCUCUUUUUUAUGCAUUUUUUUAUUAUUUAUUUUCAAAGGGGAGCAUUCUCACUUUUUAUUAAAAUUUUAUGCAUUUUUAAUAAUGUUUUGUGUAAAAUAAUAGCAAUAUAUUGAUUGUGAUCCUCUGUGGUUGUAAUAUUUUCUAACCCAUUUAUUGGUCAGUAUUUUGACCAUAAAACUACAAGUAGUGAUUGUUUAUUGUGAUUAUGAAUGUAAUUUAUUUAUUUUAUACAACAUGUUGUAAAUUCAUUGAUUGUCACAAGACUAUUCUUAGACCUAUUCAAUUGAAAUAUUUUGGUUUUUUUUUAUACAAUAAGGCCAAAUCAAAAAAUAUGUGUGGUUCCAGUAUACCUACCUAUCCUACUUUUAAGGAAUAAAAAUAGCCUACCCAGGUAACCCUAAAGAUUUUUUUGUCAUUUUUGAAAUGAGCACUGUUAAAGUAUGAAUGUCUCUCCAAUGGAAAAUUAAAAAAAAUCCCUGCUUACCUAUCCUAUUUUUUGUCUACAUGAAACCAGAACCACACACAUUAUUUAAUAUUUAAUUUAACCAAAGUAAAAAAAAUCUUGAGCUUUUCUAUGAAAUUAGCCAAAGUCAGUGGAGCAUGAGAACGAGGUCAUUGCUAACUAUUUUUGUCCAAGUGAUGACCUACAAUAUACCUUUCAUGAGUUAAAAUGU